UGUUGUGUGCACAAGAAGGAAGGGCACGUGGACACAAAAAUAAGUGUUUGAAGGAAAGAGGACAUUUGUCCAAACCAAACCACUGUGAUUUUCUUGGACCAAAUUCUCAACCGCCUGGACUACUUGCCAACCUCAUCUCCUUGUCUUGUUUUUUUCUUUCUUUCUUUCUUCCAAAGCUUCUAUCAUUGGUUUCUCUCUAAUCUUCUUGUUGUUUAUGAGUUUUGACCCUUUUUGUGAAAGGGAAAGAUUAUCAUAGUGGAAUGAUUCUGGCACAGUUUGGAAGUUGAAAAAGAAAACAUGGGUUCUGCUUCAAAAGUUGGGAAUAGCAACUAUGAUUACUCUUUUAAGGUUUUGUUGAUUGGUGAUUCUGGUGUUGGCAAGAGUAGUCUUCUCCUCAGCUUCAUCUCCAACUCUAAUUCUGUUCAUGACCUCUCCCCCACAAUUGGUGUAGAUUUCAAAAUCAAGCUUUUUACAAUUGGUGGUAAAAGAUUGAAGCUUACUAUUUGGGACACAGCUGGGCAAGAAAGGUUUGGGACAGUAAUAAGCUCGUAUUACAGAGGUGCACAUGGAAUCAUUCUUGUCUAUGAUGUGACACGACGUGAGACAUUUACAAACCUGGUGGAUGUAUGGGCAAAAGAAGUUGAGCUUUACUCCACUAAUCAUGAUUGCAUCAAAAUUCUAGUUGGCAAUAAGGUGGAUAAGGAGAGUGAAAGAGCUGUAACCAAAGAAGAGGGUAUGGCUCUUGCACAGGAACAUAGAUGCUUGUUCCUAGAGUGCAGUGCCAAAACUAGAGAAAAUGUUCACCAGUGCUUUAAUGAUCUCACAUUAAAGAUAUUAGAUUUGCCAAGUUUACGGGAAAAGGGGUCUGUGGUAGUGAAGAGACAAAAGCAAAGGCGCAUAUAUGAGACACCUCAAAGCGGUGGUUGCUGUUCUUAAUAAAUAUGGUCCAACAUGAAUGUGCAAAGAUUUUACAACUGGGAUACUACAGUUACUAGCUGGUCUUUGUAUCAUGUCAAGGGUCACAAGCAGAUUGUUUGGAUGAUCAUAUGCUCCAAUAUUAUUUUUUCAGCCUAUUUUCAUAACUUACACAAGAAGAUGCUUGAGAUGGAUAUUGCCUUCUCAAUAUCUUUUGAAGCCACAGUAUAACUCUGUUUAUGAUAGUCAAGAUGAUCACAAAGUUCUUUAAUAUAUUACGCUUUUUCUUACUUUUAUUAUAGUUUUGGAAACACCUACCGUCUUGUACAGCUUAUGUAAAUAUGUUAGGGUUGGUUAAGUUAGGAUAUACAGCAAAAUUACAUGUACUAUUUUUGGUUUUUCUUUUUUGAAACCCCCCCACCCAACAUUGGAUAAGAAAGGAUUUUGUAUUUCAUAUUACAUGUCUGUAUUUUCUAUUUUUUCAAACCUCAAGAUGUAUGGGCACUGGAAAUUCAU